AUGAGUAGUACUAUCUUCUAUAGAUUUAGAUCACAAAAGGAUACUUCUAGAGUGCUCUUCGAUGGGACCGGUCUUACAGUAUUUGAUUUAAAACGAGAAAUUAUUCAAGAUAAUAAGCUUGGAGAUGGUACAGAUUUUCAACUGAGGUUAUUUCAUCCAGAUACAGAAGAAGAACUAGAUGAUGACACAUUUGUUAUCCCUCGUUCUUCUAGUGUAGUAGUUAAAAGAUUACCUGCUAUUAAAUCUAUGUCACUUCAUGGUAAAAAAUUAGGCUCUUUAGGUCCAAAUUCGACCGCUCUUUCGGUGGGUAAUGCUACUAGAUAUGUAUCUGGUAGGCCAAGAGUAUUCCAAAAAAAAACGAAUGCAUUGGAUAUGUCUACUUCAAUGGGAUCAGGAAAUCUUUCUAUGAAAGAUACAACGAAGAUGUCAGAAGAAGAGAGAAUUGCUAAUAUGUUUGCUAAUCAGCAAUCGCAAUGGGAACAUACUCAACAAGAAAUGGCGGAAGCUACUCCUGUAUUUUUCAAAAGCAAUCAUAAUAACCAGCAUCAAGAAAAUGAAGGUCCGCCCCCACCAGGUUAUAUGUGCUACAGAUGUGGUGCCAGAGAUCAUUGGAUCAAGAAUUGUCCUACCAAUACAGAUCCUACUUUUGAAGGUAAGAGAAUUAGAAGAACAACGGGUAUCCCAAAAAAAUUCUUAAAAACUGUCAAAAUUGAUCCUGAUAAGAUUACUCCUGAGGAAAUGAAUCAACGAAAAAUUAUGAUAACAGAAGAUGGUGAAUUUGUGGUACAAAUUGCCGAUGAAAAAUCUUGGGAAGAUUAUCAAAGAAAACAACAAAAUAGAUUAAUAACUAGUAAUAAUAAUAUCUUUAACAAGAACUACUAUAAUGAUUUGCCCGGUGAACUAAAGUGUCCUAUAACUGGUGGGUUACUAAAUAAUCCAGUUAGAACAACGAAAUGUUGUAAUAAGUUAUUUUCCAAAAAUGCAAUUGAGGAUGUACUACUGGAGACAGACUUUGUUUGUCCUGAAUGUAAAACAGAAGAUAUUUUAUUAGAUUCCUUAAUUGAAGAUAAAGAAAUUGAAGAAAAAGUAAAAGAAUUCAUCAAAUCUCACGAAAAUGAUAAAAGUAAUGGUGAAAAUAUUAAUGGUAAUACCGUGGCCAAUAAUGUUGUUCAAAGUUCCGAUAAUAAUACUGCUGGUGAAUUAAAUAAAACAGAAAAUGGAGAUAAUAGUGAUCCAGCAACUAAGAAAAGAAAGUUAGGCGACGGUGGUGCUGAUGAAAAUACAAUGACUAAUAUUAACAAAGGCAAUAGCAAUCUCCCGAUACCCCCUAUGCCUAUACCACCUCCCUUUGCCAUGCCACCUUUCCCAAUGCCUUUCAUGCCUUUCAUGCCACAUAUGAUGCCACCAAAUUUAAACAACAAUAAUAAUCAGAAUGCUAGUAAUCCCGCUAUCAUGAAUAAUCAUCCAUCAAAUCCUCCUAAGAGUGAUUAA